CCACCCGAGAUCUUUUCCUACCAAAUUCUUGCCCACCUUUAUACAAGACUUCCUUCUCUUCCCCUCUUCUUCUUCCUCUCAUUCUACAUCGAAAGUAUCACCAAAUCUUUCUUUGUAUUAUCUCUCUAUCCCAAAUACUUUUGGGUCUGUAGCAGGUAUCUACAAACUAUUUACGAUACUUCAAGUGGUUCAAUAAACCACUCAAGUAUCUAUUCGUUCGAGCGUGUGUCGAACGUCAAAACAAUAAAUCUUCUUUAAUCAGCUUCUCGAAGCACCACCGCCAACAUGGUUAACUUCACCGUUGAGGAGGUCCGCCAAUUGAUGGACAAGGCUACGAACGUUCGUAACAUGUCCGUCAUUGCCCACGUCGACCACGGAAAAUCUACCCUUACCGAUUCCUUGCUCUCCAAGGCUGGUAUUAUCUCCGCCGCAAAGGCUGGUGAUGCCAGAGCUACUGAUACCCGUGCCGAUGAACAAGAGCGUGGUAUUACCAUCAAGUCCACUGCCAUCUCCCUCUACGGUAACCUCCCAGACGAUGACGACUUGAAGGACAUUGUUGGCCAAAAGACCGACGGAAGAGAUUUCUUGAUCAACUUGAUCGAUUCACCUGGUCACGUUGAUUUCUCCUCUGAAGUUACUGCUGCUCUCCGUGUCACUGAUGGUGCUCUCGUUGUCGUCGAUACCAUCGAAGGUGUCUGUGUGCAAACUGAGACCGUCCUCCGUCAAGCUCUUGGUGAGCGUAUCAAGCCUGUUGUCAUCAUCAACAAGGUCGAUCGUGCUCUCCUCGAGUUGCAAGUCUCCAAGGAAGAUCUUUACCAAUCUUUCUCGAGAACCAUCGAGUCCGUCAAUGUCGUUAUCUCUACCUACUUCGACAAAUCUUUGGGUGAUGUCCAAGUUUACCCAGGUAAGGGAACGGUUGCUUUCGGUUCCGGUCUCCACGGCUGGGCUUUCACCAUCAGACAAUUCGCUCAAAGAUACGCCAAGAAAUUCGGUGUUGACAGAAACAAGAUGAUGGAGCGUCUCUGGGGCGACAACUACUUCAACCCACACACCAAGAAGUGGACUACCAAGUCUUCUCACGAGGGUAAGGAGUUGGAGCGUGCUUUCAACCAGUUCAUUCUCGACCCAAUUUUCCGUAUCUUCGCUGCUGUCAUGAACUUCAAGAAGGACGAGAUCCCAACUCUCCUCGAGAAGCUUAACAUCAAGCUUUCUCCAGAUGACAAGGACAAGGAGGGCAAGCAACUUCUCAAGGUUAUUAUGCGUACUUUCUUGCCAGCUGCUGAUGCUCUUUUGGAGAUGUUGAUUCUCCAUCUCCCAUCCCCAGUUACCGCCCAAAAGUACCGUGCUGAGACCUUGUACGAGGGUCCUCCAGAUGAUGAGGCCUGCAUUGGUAUCCGUGACUGUGACCCUAAGGCUCCUCUUAUGUUGUACGUCUCCAAGAUGGUACCAACAUCUGAUAAGGGACGUUUUUACGCUUUCGGUCGUGUCUUCGCUGGUACCGUCCGUUCCGGUUUGAAGGUCCGUAUCCAGGGUCCUAACUACACCCCUGGCAAGAAGGAUGAUUUGUUCAUCAAGGCCAUCCAACGUGUCGUUCUCAUGAUGGGUGGUAAGGUCGACCCUAUCGACGAUGUUCCAGCCGGUAACAUUCUCGGAUUGGUCGGUAUCGAUCAAUUCUUGUUGAAGUCUGGUACCCUCACCACCAGUGACACCGCUCACAACUUGAAGGUCAUGAAGUUCUCCGUCUCCCCUGUCGUCCAACGUUCAGUCGAGGUCAAGAACGCUCAAGAUCUCCCCAAGCUUGUCGAAGGUCUCAAGCGUCUCUCCAAGUCCGAUCCUUGUGUCUUGACUUUCAUCUCCGAAUCCGGUGAGCACGUUGUUGCUGGUGCCGGUGAGUUGCAUUUGGAAAUUUGCUUGAAGGAUCUCGAGGAGGACCACGCUGGUGUUCCUCUCCGUAUCUCUGACCCUGUCGUUCCAUACCGUGAGACCGUCACUGGCAAGUCCAGCAUGACUGCUCUUUCCAAAUCCCCUAACAAGCACAACCGUCUUUACAUGAUCGCUGAGCCUCUCGACGAGGAGGUUUCCAAGGAGAUCGAGGCCGGAAAGAUCGGUCCCCGUGAUGAUUUCAAGGCUCGUGCCCGUAUCUUGGCCGAUGAGCACGGAUGGGAUGUCACUGAUGCCCGUAAGAUUUGGUGUUUCGGUCCAGAUACCAACGGUGCCAACUUGUUGGUUGAUCAAACCAAGGCUGUUCAAUACUUGAACGAAAUCAAGGAUUCCGUCGUCUCUGGUUUCCAAUGGGCUUCAAGAGAAGGUCCAAUUGCUGAAGAGCCAAUGAGAUCUUGCAGAUUCAACAUCAUGGAUGUUACCCUCCACGCUGAUGCUAUCCAUCGUGGUUCCGGACAAGUCAUGCCAACUACCCGUCGUGUCUUGUACGCUUCUACCCUCUUGGCUGAGCCAGGUCUCCUCGAGCCAGUCUUCUUGGUCGAGAUUCAAGUACCAGAAUCUGCCAUGGGUGGUGUUUACGGUGUUCUCACCAGAAGAAGAGGUCACGUCUUCGCUGAAGAGCAACGUCCAGGAACUCCUCUUUUCACCAUUAAGGCAUACUUGCCAGUCGGUGAAUCUUUCGGAUUCAACGCUGAUCUCCGUUCCCACACCUCCGGUCAAGCCUUCCCACAAUCCAUCUUCGAUCAUUGGCAAAUUCUUCCAGGUGGAUCACCAAUUGAUGCAACCUCCAAGACUGGACAAAUCGUCCAAGAGCUCCGUAAACGUAAGGGUAUCAAGGUUGAGGUUCCAGGUUACGAGAACUACUAUGACAAGCUAUAAAGAACGAAUUUCCAAAAUAAAAGAUACCGUCCUUCCCAUAUUCCCAUGCACAUUUCACAUCAAGAUUAUCUCAAGCUCCGGCGCUUUCAUGAUUUUCUGAGCGAAUGCUCGUUGACCACUUCGGCUUGAUAGCCAAUUUGGUAUAAAAAGCUAGCCGCACGCCAUGUGAUAGACAGAUGAGCCUUUUCACAUCUCUUGAGCUUCUGUUUUCAUUUCGAGUCUUCAUGUAUUUAGCAGCAUGGCGAAUUGAAGGAUUUCAAAAACAUGAUUUAUGACAUUUAACAAUGGUAUCCUAUGAAUUGGUGAAACUAUAACGAUGUGAAAAUGUGAAUUCACUCCACGUCCGCACCGUAAUAAUCCUAAAACGAGAACAGUCUUUUGAAUAGUUUCGAACUUCUCCCUGAUAUAUGCUGGGUAUUCAAACCAACGACUAGAGUCCCAGUAAUACACUUCUGCCACCGAAAGACUCCAACAAACUCGCAUUUACCAGAUGACAAUUUGAGGUUGCAAAUGUCAGUGUCAAUACAACAACCAGAACGGUGGUAGGGAUUUUCCAUCAUCCUCUCGGUCAAAACCCCACUCACUUCAUCCAAAAACUCCACCAGGCCUAUCUCAAGACCAUCGAUCCAUGAAGAAGAAUCCACUCACUCAUUUCCUCGCCCUUCCUUCCAAACUCUUCCAAAAAAUUGCAAAAUUUCAAUCAUUCAUUUUAUUCACUAACUAUCUACCUAGUAUUCAUACCUAGGUAUCAAGAGUAGCAAAUCCGCCUAUCAUCUAGUAUGGGGGAAAAAACAAUGAACAGGCGACAGAUGUCACAAAUCACCCCCAAAAAAGAAUCAAAAGAAAACUUCGCCUCGGGAGGGGCUCGAACCCUCAACCUUGGGCUUAAAAGGCCCACGCGCUAACCAAUUGUGCCACCGAGGCCGAUUUUGUGUUACAGGAUGUUUGUCCUAUUUGAUGGUGCGGAGGGAGGGAUUAGGAUAUAUAUAUUUAUGGGAAAUUUUGGAUUUUAC